AUGCUUGUCUCACAAUCUCUCCUCUCACUUGGGUCUAUCUUUAGCUCCGUGACGACCCUACCAGGAUGCGGGGAAGUUAAUGUUUUCUACACCGGCUUGCCUGGUCGGCAUACGUAUGUUACGCAGCAAGGCUAUGAUGCUGCGCUUGUUGAGGCCCAGAUCUUCAACCACACGCGCCAGCUAAGGGAGGCGGGAUACAACGUGAGAGCGGUCUGGAGAGGUCCCGAGAUACCUGGCACCGAAAUGAGUAAGCAUAUGAAAGACGUCCACUGGAACGUUGCCGGAGUUGGCUUUGGGGUCAGAGGAUCUCAGAUUUCAGAAGUCAUCACGCUUUUUGAAGGUCAGUAA